UAAAUGGGAGGAAAACAACACCCAGCAGAGUCGUAAUGAAGGAGGAGAAUUUGAAUUUGAUUGAACCAUGGCGGCUGUAUCAUCAUCUACGGGCGGGCUGCGAUUGAAGAAAGCAAAACAAAAGAUAUGCUAUUGAGGCUAUUAGAUAACAACAAUGAGGCUAUUGAGCAAAAAUGUCCCCGUCUCUUCAUCUAAAAUCAUCAUGUACUCUGCUUCGGCGAUUUCGAAUCCCACGCUUCUUCCCCAUGCUAAUCUUCCGACAUGCCGUCCCCGAUUUCGGACAAACCCAGCUCCUCUCAGUUACCCCGUAAAGCCCGCCCAGCUCGUCUCUUCUCUGAACCUCUCUUGUUUCGAUGGGGGCCUAUACGAAGCUCUUCGACGGCUGGACGAUGACCCUUCCAUGGAAGCCUAUGCCUCCGUUCUUGAGCUCUGUGGCAAAUUCGGAGCUCUCUCUCAAGGCCGGCAGCUGCAUUCCCGCAUUUUCAAGACUAUCCCCGCUUUUGAAUUAGAUUUUUUGGCCGGUAAGCUUGUGUUUAUGUACGGCAAGUGUCGCUCUGUUGAUGACGCAGAGAAAGUGUUCGACGAAAUGCCUCACAGAACUCCCUUUGCAUGGAAUGCGAUGAUUGGAGCCUAUCUUUCCAAUGAUGAACCUGCUUCUGCUCUUUCUCUCUACGGCAAUAUGCGGCUCCAGGGCGUUCCUCUCCAUCUUUACUCUUUUCCUCUCUUGCUUAAAGCCUGCGGCUGUCUUAAAGAUUUCCGGAGCGGCACUGAGCUUCAUUCUCUGCUCGUUAAACUUGGAUACACUUCUACUGAUUUUAUUGUCAAUGCGUUGCUUUCCAUGUAUGCUAAGAAUNGUUCAUGGCUACGUACUCCGCAAGGGUUUUUUCCUAGAGGAGUCCAUUGCAGUUGCAGUUGUUGA